AUGAAAGCUGGCAGCGCUUUUGGCUGCCUUUUCUGGGCGUUGCUCUAUUGUGUGCUGUAUUUGGAUUUGGUCAAUGCCAGCGAGGAUGAGCUAAUGGACUUUGACUUUAUGGCCGCCAAGGCUAACGAGGCGCCAGCGCAGAGAGACGACUGGGCGCUGGACAGCGACGAGCAGCAGCAGUCAGAGCAGAAGCUGCAGCACAACAUGCUGGACUUUAGUGUGGACUUGGAUGAGCCUGAGCCGGCAAAGCAGCUGCCGCCAUUUGAUUGGCGUGAGCGUAUCCUACGCUCAGCUCUGGCCAAGGCGUUCAGAGAUAGCGACGUGCGUCAGAAAUUUGUGGAAGUCAUGCCCAUACUGCGUGUGCUGUCCUCGCAGCAGCGUCUGGCGCUGUCUGCGCUGAUCUCAGCACAAAUGAAUGCGCGUCAGGGACAGGAGCUGAAGCUGCAGCAGGUGCGCAUGAUGUUUGGCGAUGACAAGAAGCUGCUGCUGCCCAUUGUCUAUGAUCUGGCCAAUUUGGUUAAGAACUCGGCGCGCAAGUAUAUACGCCUGGAAGACUUGACUGUGGCUGCGCUGCAAAAGCGCCAAGAUGACUUGACGGCAGAGGAGAGCGUGCAGGACGACAGCGUGGGCACCAUUGAUGUCAGCGGCAAGUCGCCGGUGCAGCAGCCAGCGGAGCUGGAAGAUUUCUUCGAUGAAAUGCAGGCAGAGCUGCUAGAUCCACAAAUGAUUAAUGAGGCGCUGCAGCUGGCCACGCCCACUGCUACAAGCAGCAAGCGCAAGCGUCGUGCUGCCAACGAAUUUGUGCACAAGCUGCCGCGCUCAGUGCCGCUGUCGGUAACAGAACAGCAGCUCCUUGGGGGCGUGGCUGGUCGCACCAUCAAGCUGAACACCACUGCCUUUCAGCAGCCCAACGACACGCCCAUGACUACAGUGGGGCCCGGCGCAACACAAAGCUAUGAGCAGAUUGAAGAUUUGGCCUUUGCUGGUCUUAAUGGCACUGAGCUGCCCCUCGCGAACGCAGACGAACGUGUAGCCGAGUCUGGCAGCGGUGAGGAGCCAUUGCCAAGCCCUGAGGAACUCAUUGCUGGUCCACGUUAUCGCCUCAACAACAAUCAGAAUCAUCAUCAGCGCUUGAGUGCCAAGAUGCCGCCCAUUAAGCGCAAGCGCACGCAGAGUGGCGGCUAUGGGCGUGGCAGGCCCAAGCCUGCAGCCAGCUCGCACAAUCCUGUGGUGACCACACACAAGAAGUGUGAACGCUUCACCAACAACAUGUGCAUACGCACCGAUGACUAUCCGCUCGAACAGAUCAUGGGCAGCAUACGUCGCCAUAAGAACGCCAUGAGCGCUUUGCUGGCCGAAUUCUACGACAGGCCCAACAACAACUUGGAGUUUGGCGAAGACUUUGAUGACUAUGCGCUCAACAAGAAGCGUCGCGAGGACGAGGGCAGCGCCGGCGGCAUGUGCCAAAGCGUUGUGCGCUAUGCACGCCCACAAAAAGCCAAGGCCGCCUCUGGUGAAUGGAAGUUUAUAGUCAACACUGGGCAGCACACACAGACAUUGCGUCUCGAGAAAUGCAGCAAUGCCGGCGAGAGUUGCUCGUACUUGGCGCAGUCGUAUCGCUCGCACUGCUCGCAGGUCUACAACUAUCAUCGCCUGCUCAGCUGGGACAAGAUACGCGGCUUGCAUGUGGACAUAUUCAAGGUGCCCACCUGCUGCUCUUGCCAGGUGGAUGGCUAUCGCCAGCAGUUUCCGCCGCUCUCGUCCAUACAGUCCAAGGACUACACGCCCGCCAAUUACAAGCUGCCCGACAAUGGCAAUGCCAAUGGCUAUAGCACCAUCAAUGAUGAGGAUUUGGACUACAACGAUGAGAGCGACGAGGAUGACUUGGGGCUGAGCUAUGCGCCCUACAGCAAUCGCGAUACCAACGAGCUCAGCUAUCUGGGCAGCAAGAAAGUGCGCGCCAAGCUGCCAGCGCCAUCCAGCGUGGGACCCUAUCUCAGUCCACCCGAUGAUGAGGAUGCCUUUGGCAGCAGCAGCAGCUACAAGCCGCACAAGAGCAGCGUAGGCAGCGGCGCCAAUAAGAAGUACUACAAUCAGCUUAGCCGCCGGCGGCCGCAGCACAAUGAGCCACGCGUCGACUUGGACAUGGAUUUGUCACCGAGCGAAACGCAGGCGGAACAAGAGGUAAACGUAUUUGGACAGCCGCUUGCUGGGGAACAGCAGCGCGUGCCUCUCAAGCGCAAGCGUAUUUAUACAUCCACCCACACCCAAACAGCCGCCAAUUCACCAGCAGCAGCAGCAACAUUAUCUGGAGCAGCAGCGCCAGGUCGACUACGCAUACCCAUUGCAAUAUCACAACCACAGACCACAGCAGCAACCAGCAGCAGCAGCAGCAGCAGUAGCUUACCAGCAAGAACAGGAGCCGCUGCUGCAGUCGGCGUCGGUCUCAGUGUUGCCACCAAUGCCCACGAAGCGUCUGUUGCAUCCGCAGCAGCUGCAGCACCUAACGCUGCAAUCGGUCAGCGCUACUACGCCGGCGGCGGCGGCGGCAGCAAAUCGCGUCCACGCUUCUAUGCACCAGCUGCGACGUCGACCGCUGCCAGCCAUGCCGCAGGCAGCGCAGCGACGCCACUACCGACCGCAUAUUACAAGCAGCAGCAGCAGCAGCAACAGCAGAGUCCACAGUCUCAGUCGACAUCACUACCACAACCGUCAUAUGUAAAUUCCAUUUACGACAGCAACAGCAACAACAACAGCUCGGGCAACAGACGCAUCAACUAUAGCUAUCAUCCCAUUAUAGACUUCUUUGAGCAAAAGCCCAGCAAGCAGUCCAACUAUGAUGCAGCGCAGUCUGAAUCGCGCUUGGUGGAAAAACGCAUCAUAGCGCCCACUGUGGCUGCUGCUGCUUCGGCUGCUGCUCAUCCUACGCCGCAUGAGCGUCGCAUUGGCUUUGGUGCUGGUGCUGGCCGUUAUGGUUAUGGCUUUGCCAGUGAUAAUGCUUGGCAGCCGCUGGUUGUGGACUCCUAGUAUAUAAGGCGCAUGUAAUCCUACCCAUCUCACUCACACACACAGACACUCACACACUCUCUGCUGUAUUAACAGCGACAGUUGCUGUCGUUCUACUCAUGCUUUAGUUUGUAGUCUUGCCGCCCCGUUAUUGCCGUACAGAAUACUCUCAAGCUAUAAUCCUAUAAUUGUCUAGUUGAACUAAAACCCAAUAUUAAUGUUUAA